AUGGAAGUGUUGAUCGCCGCUCCCGCCAAGUGCGAGGUUCAAGCAGUAAUCCAGUUUCUCCGCGCAAGGAAGUUACCGCCCGUGGAGAUUCAUCGGCAACUGACUGAGGUUUAUGGUGAAGAGUGCAUGUCCGUUCAGCACGUCCGCAAAUGGUGCAGGGCUUUUGCUAAGGAUCGCACGGAAGUUCAAGAUGAAGAACGGAGUGGAAGACCGCCGGUUUCGGAUGCGAUUGUCGAGAAGAUCAACAGUGAGCUACUCAAAAAUCAGAGGGUCACUGUCCGUGAACUUGUUGAACGCAUUCCUGAAACUUCCCACGGGACAGUUGAAAGACCUUUAACAAAAACGUUGGGUUAUCGCAAGGUGUGUGCUCGCUGGGUCCUUUGA